UGACUCCUCUCUCCCUCUCUCCCUCCCUCUCUCUCCCCACAGUUCCGGUACGGGUCAAGUGGUGAGAAGGGACCGCCCAUAUCAGCGCAGGAAGCCCAAGCCCAGGCCAUCCUUCAACAAGCCCGGAUCUCCAUGAGAGGUCCAUCCGGUCCGAUGGGAUUGACCGGGAGGUCUGGUCCUGUGGGAAUCCCGGGCAGUCUGGGUCUGAAGGGCGACUCCGGUGACAGCGGCCCCCAGGGUCCGCGUGGAAUCCAGGGAAUGACGGGCUCCAUCGGGAGGUUCGGAAAGAGGGGACGACAGGGAGCAGACGGUUCCCGGGGAAUGCCAGGAGAAACCGGAGGCAAGGGUGACCGUGGUUUUGAUGGUUUGCCCGGACUUCCCGGAGUGAAAGGCAAUCGGGGAGAGACGGGAGGGCAGGGACCGCCGGGAACCACAGGAGAGGAUGGCAUGAGGGGAGACGACGGAGAGAUCGGGCCACGUGGACUGCCCGGAGAAUCUGGUUCCAGGGGGCUGCUCGGACCACGAGGGUCACCUGGACCAUCCGGACAACCCGUACGUCACAGAACCUCCAUCAGGGAGG